UUGUUUCAGGAUGUCGGUGAGAUUCGCGACGAUGACCUCAAAGGAAUUUUUCGCGAGUUCGACUUGAACGGAGAUGGUUUCAUUCAGAGGGAUGAAUUACGGUCAGUCAUGCAAAAGAUGGGACAGUCGCCUACGGAAGAAGAACUUGAUGCGAUGUUCAACGCCGCUGACCAGGAUCACGACGGAAACAUUGAUUUUAACGAAUUCCUUCAAAUUGCUCAUGCCAAUCCACUUUCACUAUCUCUGAAAGCAGUUUUUGAAGAGCUGGACGUUGACGGAGACGGAUACAUUACCAGAUCCGAACUACGGACAGCAUUCCAACGUAUGGGUCAUUCACUCUCGGAUCAGGAUAUAAAGGCUAUCUAUAAGCAUGUCGAUUCGAACAGGGACGGGAAAAUCAAUUUCCAAGGUGAACACUGUGCCACUAAAUUUACAGUACUCUAA